AUGCCACGGGAUAUAGCCAAGGAAGCAGCACAGAGCUCCGCAGAGAAUAUCCAACACGUGAUCAAUGGAAAAACCUGGUGGAGGCAGGGCGUGUCGACUCCCCAGCUUUACCUGAAGAACUGGAAGCCAGACAGGGAACCCAGACACAAUUUCCAUGUCAAAAGGCUGAUGGAACAGGUUGGGUCAGCUUUCAUGGAGGAGCAGUGGUGGAAAGUAAUGCUGUGGGUGGUGGCAUCAUUGCUGACACUAGUAGAAGAUGUGCUUUCUGAAGAGGACAAUAAAGAGGCUCAGUCAGACCUCCAUGUCUUCAGGCUCCCCAUCCUGUCUCCUGCUGAGGAUCUGGAACAGGCUAGCAGGGUCCACACACCCUGGCCUAAAGCCCUUGAAGAGUGGCCACUGAUGCAGGAAGAGGAAAUCCAGCAGAGUAGAUGGCGGCGCUCCCCUCGUAACCCAAAUUUGCCCAAAAUAUCAAGGAGGAACCGCAAGAAGACCAAGAGCAGUCGCGACUGCCACUUGGAGAGAAAGGAGAUGCGGGUGAGGGAUUUUGGUCUCGGCUACGACUCGGACGAGAUAAUCCUCUUUAAGUACUGUGUUGGGACAUGCCAUAGCUCCCGCAAGAACUAUGACCUGGCCCUAAAGGCUCUGAUGGAAAAUGGGAGCAUCUCCGGGAAGAAGGUCAGCAGUCACCCCUGCUGUCGGCCUACCCGGUAUGAGACUGUGUCUUUCAUGGACAAACAGACUACCUGGCAGACAAUCAAAUGGCUCUCGGCGGCCAACUGCAGCUGUGUGAGCUGACUGCAAAGAAGAAUGUCUAUCUCCAACUCAGAAAAGUUUUUUGAGUGAAAUAGCAGGAUACUGCGAGUCCUGGUCUCUAUAGUGGGUGACUAAACCCUGGUUCAUGUGGUCUGAGGCGUGGGCCUCAGAUAGGAUACUCAAAAGGAUGGCCUUCCCUAUACUAAUAGCACCAGCAGGCUAUCUGGAUGUGUGCCCCCAGCUUGGAGCAGUGGAAGAACAAUCCGUAUUCAGUCAGGAUGAGAAUAACUCUUCAAGUCCCAAAGUUCAUUAUGAAGCGUCUGAAGAAAGGAGUGUGCCACUAGAAAAAUUAUUGGAC